AAUUCAGAUCUAAAACUCAAAAGUCGAGAGUCAAGCCCUAUUUUUCAAUUUUGCAUCUUAUUCUCCAGCACACAACGCAGCCACCACAGACCACACCAGCCAGCCCCAUCUCCAAUCUCCAUCAGCCAUCAAAGCCUCCUUCCUCUACCCCUGCUUCUUCUCUCUGCCUCACCAGCCAGCCCCAUCUCCAAACUCCAUCAGCCAUCAAAGCCUCCUUCCUCUACCCCCUGCUUCUUCUCUCUGCCUCACCAGCCAGCCCCAUCUCUAAUCUCCAUCAGCCAUCAAAGCCUCCUUCCUCUACCUCCUACUUCUUCUCUAAGAACAAAGGAGAACAGUGAGUCGUUUGAGAGUUGAACUGUUGAAGCAACUGAGAGUUGAAAGAACAAAGGAGAACGAUUUGGGUUCGGCAUUACAGGGUCUUUGAGAGUUCUCUGCAGAUUCUUGACGAACGAUAAACAUGGAUGGACUUCAAAUAAAUCUUGAAUCAAGUAGCUUUGAAAUGCCUAUUAAUUUAGAAGAUGUUGCAAGUCCUAUGGAGGGAGUCACAAGUGGGCAUAAAGUGAAACGCAAGAGAAAACUCACUUCAAAGGAAUUUAAUAUUUGUGAAAUUGAAGAGUUAGGUGCCAAUACACAAAAAUCACAAUUGGAGCUUUAUUUAGAGGAGCCAAGGAUGGCUACUAAAAUUGAAUUGAAUGUGCUUGAUUAUUGGAAAGCAAAUCAGUUUCGUUAUCCUGAAGUUGCUUCAAUGGCUCGUGAUCUAUUGAGUAUCCCUAUAUCCACCGUUGCUUCUGAAUCUGCUUUUAGCAUUGGUGGACAAGUAUUAGAUCAAUUUCGUAGUUCAUUAAAGCCUAGCACUGUUGAAGCGAUAGUUUGUACAAGAGAUUGGUUAUUUGGGCAAAGAGGUAAUUAUUUUUAUUAAUGUUUUCUUUAUUUCAUUUGCAUAUAUUAAUAAUUUUUUUGUUUCACUAAUUUAUUUUAUUAAUGAUUUUUUUGUUUCACUAAUUUAUGGAA